CCGAAGCGUGAAGCCUAGUAUAAUGACGUCAUAAUUUCAAAAUUACGAUGUCAUCAUUUUAAUUUGACCGUAUUCGCAUUUCUGAGGGGAGGGAAGGGUUAACGAGGAGUCGCAAAGUCCAGAAAUUUUCCAGAAUUUUUCCGAGAUUUGAUCUCAAAGAAAGAAGAAGAAAAAGUGGAGUAAUCAUCAGUCGCGCAUGAUGGUGCGUUGACCGAGCUCGCGGUUCGGGAACCCUAGCCGAGCAUCGCGAGAUGAUGCCAACAGACGGCGAAAAAAACAGCCCCGUCGGCCGAGCGGCGACUACGCGUCCGUGUCUUCGUUUUGCGUGACCGUGGCGAGGUCUCGGCAAUCGUAUGUCCGAAUUCAACAAACAUUCAAUGUGGCGUUCGAGUUUGGCCAGGUUAUGGACUGAAGUUUCGGGGUGUGGCAUGGUGCACGGCGUGUAUACACCGAAACGUCGUGAGACGCGACACGAGUGACGGCGAUGUCGCGCUAAAGCACGCGCGUAGCGCCCGAACGUACGCGAGAGAAAUUUCCCGUCGCUCGCUCCGUCGUCUCCGUUUCGCGAGUGUGUGCGUAAUCUCUCUCUCCGUCGCGUCCCUAUCGCCACUCGUUCACGUGUGACUUCACGUCGGUCCGACGCGAGCGCGAGCGCGAGCAUUACGAGGUGGUGCGAGAGCUAUGUUCACGACGUUCUCAGAUCGAUCGGCGCGUUAACGCACGAUCGUCACGUUCUUUUUUUCACGCAGCUUGACACGCAAGGUAGUCGCGUCGCCAAGCCGCCACGACGGGUUUUCAGGCUACGGUCCAUGAGAUCACGCGUAACGAACUCGACGUGGGAUGUUGAGCGCAACCACCCCCACUCAGCCCCACGAGUACACGGAGAUGUCUCGGUUGGCCGACUACUUCGUAGUGGUCGGCUACGAUCACGAGAAAGAAAGGGGUGGUGUAAGUAGUGGAGUUAUAUUACAGCGAUUCCCGGAGAAGGAUUGGCCAGAUACACCCUUCAUCGAAGGAAUAGAAUGGUUCUGCCAACCACAAGGAUGGGCCCUAUCGACGGAGAGGCAGGAGCCACGCUUCUUCGUGUCGAUACUGACCGACAUCGAUGCGAAUCGGCAUUACUGCGCCUGCAUGUGCUUCAACGAGACGGUCUCAAUCGUGCCAAGUAAGCCCGUAGAUGAGGAGGAGGACCCCGUGGAUGGAGACAGUCGCCCCCUGGUCAGGGCGAUACCCGCCAUCGCGCAUCAUAGCAUUAUGUAUGCACCCAAAUGUCUGGUGCUGGUCUCCAGACUCGAUUACAUAGAAACCUUUAGAAAUUGUCUCGGUAUUAUUUACACCGUGUACGUGGAGAAUCUUGGUAUACCGUUAGAAACGUUAGUCGGGAACAUCCUAGGAUGCAUCCAAGUACCUCCCGCUGGUGGGCCACAGGUACGAUUCAGCAUCGGAGCGGGGGAUCGUCAGGCACUUCAACCACCAAUUAGUCCUUCUCUUCCUAUAACUCAUACUAGUGUAAAUUUAUUAUUUCAACAACUAGGUAUUCGUAAUGUGCUAGUAUUAUUCUGCGCGGUCAUGACAGAACACAAGAUACUCUUCCAUUCUGCCAGCUACUCCCGACUGACUGAGGGGUGCCGCGCCCUUACAGCGCUGAUGUACCCGUUCAGAUACUCGCAUGUUUACAUUCCCCUGUUGCCGGCGGCUUUAGUCGAAAUACUCAGCACUCCGACGCCGUUUAUUAUGGGCGUGCACAGCUCGUUGAGACACGAAGUUGCAGAACUGAUGGAUGUAAUAGUCGCCGACCUAGAUGGAGGCUCGAUAACUGUUCCGGAUGGCGUUUCGCUCGCCCUACUGCCGGAACCGUUGCUCUCACAGACGCAGGACGCGUUGUCGCUGGUCUUGCAACCGGAAUUGACGUGUGCGGAUUACGCUUUUCCUCCGCUCGCCACCAGAGCCCCGCACUCGCCUAUGCUCGACAAGGAACUCAGGGCGGUAUUCAUGAGGACCUUCGCUCAGUUGUUGCAAGGAUACCGAAGUUGCUUGACGCUGAUACGAAUCCACCCAAAGCCAGUCAUCACUUUCCACAAGGCGGCGUUCCUGGGCGAGAGAGGCCUGACGGAUUGCGACUUCACCACGCGGGUUCUGGAUUGUAUGUUUUUUACGUCUUUUAUCGCGGAGCGAGGGCCGCCGUGGCGGCCUUGUGACGUCUGGGACGAGCUGUACAGCAAUCUGAGCGAUCAGCUGAAGCAGGAGACGCAGGAUCACCGUAUCAUUCUGACGCACAUUCAGGAACUGGCGCAACAGCUGUACCUGAACGAGAAUCCGAAUCCGCAGCCGUACGUGCAGAAGAUCCUGAAGCCACCUGAGGGCGCGUUCGCGCGGAUUCACCAGCCUCUCUUGCCGCGCAUUAAUUCCGAGCAGGUGCAAGCGAUCAUCGACGAGGGUCUCGCGAAGAACAAUCUCAAGGUGAGGCUGUCGUCCCUGCGGCCAAUUCAGCCGCGCAUCGUGCCCAUCGGUCCGCACAUCUCGUUCGUUCAUGACACGCGACACCUGGUCAGCAAUUCGGCGCGCAGACUCGAGGUGUUGCGCAACUGCAUCAACUGCAUAUUCGAGAACAAGAUUUCGGACGCCCGCAAGACAUUCCCAGCUGUUCUGCGUGCUCUGAAGAGCAAGGCGGCCCGGUUAGCACUGUGCAUGGAGCUAUCGCAGCACGUGGUCGGCAACAAGGCGAUGCUGGAGCAUCAGCAGUUCGACCUGGUGGUGCGUUUAAUGAACUGCGCGCUGCAAGACGACUCGUCGAUGGACGAGCACGGAGUCGCUGCCGCGCUGCUGCCGCUUGCCACUGCCUUCUGUAGGAAACUGUGCACCGGCGUGAUCCAGUUCGCGUACACUUGCAUCCAGGAGCAUCCGGUAUGGCAGAACCAGCAGUUCUGGGAAGAUGCGUUUUACCUGGACGUACAGAAGGAUAUCAAGCGGCUGUAUCUGCCGGGCGACAAUUCACCACCGCGGCUUAUAAACGACAGCAUUCUGAGCCCCAUCAGUCCGCGAGACAGCAAGGAAUUCCCGUACCGGGAUCGAUACUCGAUCUACCACGCUCAGGAACCAUCGGCGCUUGAGAUAGCCGCGGAUCAGAUGCGAAUCUGGCCGUCGAUCGACCCUGAGAAACAGAAGGAGCUGGUGAACAGCGAGGAGAGCACCAUGUACAGCCAGGCGAUCCACUACGCCAACAGGAUGGUCUAUCUGCUAGUGCCAUUGGACAUCGGCUCAAAGACACAUCGGCAGGAUCACAUUUACGAUGAGGAGCGUGCCAGUAACAGCAUCACGAACAGCGUAGCGAGCGACAGCGGUGACGCCGAGUCCGGAUUCGAAGAGACCGACCCGGGUGAGACCGGUAGUGCGGUGAUUCGAAUGGUAUCGCGAUUCGUCGAUCGCGUAUGCACCGAGGGCGGCGUCAGCGCCGAGCACGUGCGCUGUUUGCAUCAGAUGGUCCCAGGCGUGGUUCACAUGCACAUCGAGACGCUCGAAGCAGUACACAGAGAGAGCAAGAGAUUGCCGCCGAUACAGAAGCCGAAGAUUCUCACGCCUAACAUGCUGCCCGGCGAGGAGGUGAUAAUGGACGGCCUGCGAGUUUAUUUGCUGCCGGACGGCAGAGAGGAGAGCUCCGCGGGACUUCCCAAGAUACCGCCGCUCCUGCCGGCCGAAGGUGCAAUCUUCCUCACAAAUUACAGGAUAGUGUUCAAGGGUAUACCAUGUGACCCGUUCGCCUGCGAGCAGUUGGUUGUCCGUGCUUUCCCCGUGACCUCUUUGACCAAGGAGAAGCGUGUCGCCGUGCAACAUCUCGCGCACCUGGACCAGUGCCUUCAGGAGGGCCUGCAAUUGCGUUCCUGCACAUUCCAAUUGAUAAAACUCGCCUUUGACGAGGAAGUUACGCCGGAGAACAUCGACACCUUGAGGAAACUGGUGCACAAGGCGCGAUAUCCACCGCACAUCUUCCAUCAUUUCGCGUUCAAUGGCCAGGUUCUGGUCACGCAAACGGCGCAUCACAAGGGCAAGGAGAAGAACGCGACGCUGAAAGGCUUCGCGAAGAAAACGCUUUUGAAGACCGCGCGGAAGGCCGGCUUUAAGCCGAAACAGUCGUCGAAGCGGCAGAAGUACGUGCUGCCGAAUAUGAAUGUCAUCAGCAACAACAAGUACAUGACGUCGCCUGGCCGUAUGAGUCUGCCGAUAACCGACAAUAACGAUCUCAGUCACGAUGACGAUCUCAGUAUCGACGACUUUGAGAUUCCCGGCAUGGUGACGCAGCCGCCAACCGAUGCCAAGACCUUAGAGCGACUCUCCGAACGCAGUUACGUCAGGGAUUGGUACCGAUUAGGUCUCUACUCGAACGGCUUGCACAACAAUCGCCGUAAUGAGCCCUUCCGGCUGACCUCGGUGAAUUGCGCUUACAUGGUCUGCCGGACUUAUCCUGCGCUCCUGAUCGUGCCUACUUCCGUGUCGGACGAGAGUAUCCGGCGAUUCUGCAGGCUCCAUCGUCACAGCAGAAUACCAGUGGUCACCUGGCGGCAUCCGCGAACGAAGGCGCUGCUGAUACGAGGCGCGGGUUACCACGGGAAAGGCGUGAUGGGUAUGCUGAAGGCUCAUCCGACCUCCGGCGGCAAUUUGAAGACCACUUCCUCCGAGACGACCUCUUCUCUGGAGCAAGAGAAGUACAUGAUGGCGCUUGUCGCUGCAACGCCGCUCUCCGUGCUUCGACAGAGCUCUGCUUGGGGUAUGUCCGACAGCUCGCUGAGCAUCGACUCGCUGCUGCUGGCGGCGGAGGACCGUAACGCUACGCCCGAGCAGUCACGCCGCAAUCCGUUCAACAAGCCUCUCGGCACGCUCAGCUCGUCAGGCGGCAAGGGACCGAAGAACUUCGGCCGAUGGGGCUCCCUGAAAGACAAAAGGCACAACUCGCAGGCUUCCUUGACGUCCGUUCAUCAGCGCGGGACCGUCAGACAUUCCGCGGAUUCCGACAGCGGCACGGAAUGCGUUCAUACGUUUCAUCGCGCCGCCCUUUAUAUCUUGGGCGAGAAAGCGCACAUGAAGGGCGUGAAGGCAGAAUCCGCACCGAAGUCAGAUUUCAUUCCGGUGGAGUAUUACGACGUUAGGCACACGAAGGCCGCAUUCAAGAAGCUGAUGCGAGCCUGCGUUCCGAGCUCGCCGAACGUCGAGCCCGAUCAGAGCUUUUACAGGCUGAUCGAGAGCUCGGAGUGGCUGCAACAGUUGCAGAACCUGAUGCAGCUGGCAGGAGCGGUCAUCGACCUCAUGGACAUGCAGGGUUCAUCGGUGGCCGUGUGUCUGGAGGAUGGCUGGGACACCACGACUACCGUUUGCUCCGUCGCGCAGGUGUGCCUCGAUCCGCACUACAGGACGAUCGACGGCUUCAGGACCCUGAUCGAGAAGGAGUGGCUCGGAUUUGGCCACCGAUUCGGCCACAGGAGUAAUCUUGCCGCGAAUUCGCAGACGACCAACUUCACGCCCACGUUCCUUCAGUUCCUCGACAUAGUGCAUCAGAUACAACGGCAGUUCCCGCUGGCGUUCGAGUUCAACGAGUAUUACUUGAAGUUCCUGGCUUAUCACUCGGUGUCCUGCCGCUUCCGCACGUUCCUACUGGAUUGCGAAUUCGACAGAGUGGAGUGCGGUAUCACCGCCAUCGAGGACAAGAGAGGCUCCCUGACGAGCCAUCACAAGGGCGUGGACACUGGCAGCGACGAUGAGACGAUCUAUCCCGGUGGUAGAUUAGCGGGGACGAACACCGGCUGCAAUCUCGGGCAGAGCAUAUUCGAUUACAUCGAGAAGCAGCACGCGAGGUGCCCGUUGUUCUAUAAUUUUAUGUACACUCCCAACGCGGAGAAUCCUGUCCUGCGACCGGUCUCGCAUCUGCCGAGCCUCGACAUCUGGCAGUUCUACCUCGAAGAGGAACUGGCGCACGGUCCGGCGUAUGACUUGGAGGUGUUGCAACAAGACUCUCAACAGGAAGAGGAGGCCGAAGCUGCGGACGGUAUAGUCAAGAGCAAUCGUAAAGUUGUUACUCAGGGGUACGACGGAGUCAGCACAAUGGUGCCCGACCAGUUUUCGCAUCUUUUAGAAGAGAUACAUAAAUUGGAGACCGAACUGGGACAUUUGCCGCAGAAGUGGAAAGUGCUCUGGGACAAACUCGAGUUACCGAACACCGACUCGCUAGCUCGACAUGCGUCGUUCAGCACGGCGCUUGUACGCUAUCACGGCCGAUUGAUUCACAAGCGUUCCACCCUGGAACUGUUGUUGCGCGGUAAACUCGCCGGUGGCAGCAGUACCGGAAAUGAAGGUUCUGUGUACGCACAUCCGCAUAGAUUUGAACGAUUGGACUCUGCGACGCCGACUCACUGCGACGCGUGUUCCGGAGUUCUAUGGGGUCCCGUGAAAGCUGGAUUAAGAUGCAUCGAUUGCGGCCACGUGUGUCACGACAAGUGCGCGGAUGCUGUGCCAAAGAAUUGCACCAAGUACAAGGCUGUGACCGACAAUCUUCAGACUCACACACUUACGAGAAGCGGCGGCGAUAACGGAAGCGUAAACUCAAGUAUAACGACUAUACAAACUUCUUCUCAACAAUACUACGAACAAUUUUCGAGUAACGUGGCGGAGAACAGGACGCACGAGGGCUAUCUUUAUAAGCGGGGAGCUCUGUUGAAGGGUUGGAAGCAAAGGUGGUUCGUACUCGAUUCCAUAAAGCAUCAAUUGAGAUAUUACGACGCAGUGGAAGAUUCGCACUGUAAGGGCUACAUAGAUUUGGCAGAAGUGGUAUCCGUUACUCCAGCUGCGCCGAUGCCUGGACCACCAAAGAAAACGGAUGAUAAAUCUUUCUUUGACCUCCGUACAAACAGACGAACGUACAACUUCUGCGCCGCCGACGCAGCCACAGCCCAGGAAUGGAUCGAAAAGGUGCAGGCGUGCUUACAAUAGUGCGCGCGGCUGCUGAUGCUGAUUAUAGAGCUAAUUUAAAAUUCUGGAUGUGACUGACAUAGGGAGUAAAACACAGAUUUUAAUUUUGUUACAUAAUCUUGUAUAGUCUAAUCGUAUGCGUCAUAGACUGCAGUACUCUUGCUUUAAGUAUUUUAAAACGCAAACUCUCGUUGGACUGAAAAUAGUAUCAUAAAUUAAAUGUGAUACAUGCAUAUCCUCGAUAUAGGAUUAGAGUAUGUGAAUAUAAUGUACAUUGUGAUCAUAUGUGUCGUUUACGUUAAAUUUCUAUUCAUUCAGCUGGAAGACGAAAGAUUGCUAUUAUAACGCGUGCGUCGCGCCUAAGAAACGCCUUUUUUUAUUUUGUUUUUAUGUUUUCUAACGUUUAAAUUAUGACGAAAGAUGCAAUGGGCACAAAGCUCCUAGUAAAUUGUGCGUAUUGAGAGAGACAUAUAUAUACAGAACGUCUCAGUAUUAUUGUUUAUCAAUUCUCAAGCAAUAUGGCACUGGUUUCGUUUUUUAAUAAAAAUUUCAAAAAUUCCAGACUAGUUCUUAGAAGCACGGAGAGAUUACUGGAAUGGCAGACUGUUUGCCAGUAGAUUGUUAACAGAAUUUUUAUUUGGAUUCAUUCUUGUCAAAAGUUUCGUUACGAUAUAAAAAAUUUAGAUGAUCACGAAUAUAAAGAUAAUGUAUAACUCAAGGUUUUAUUAACACGUUUCCUGCCGCGUGUAUCAUUUUCGGUGCACACUGAAACUCGUUUUCAGGCCAACUGAUAUUUUUAUUAUUGAUAGAUAAAGGGAAAGAAAAUAUUUGUUGGUAUCAUUAUUACAUGCUGUAUAAUGUUUGUUAAACUGCAUCAAGAUUAUUUAAAAAAUGAAUUUCCAGCUUACAAAAAGCAAACAGAUUAUUUUUACAUAUCAAACUUUAUAACGUGCAUCGUUUUUGACCUGAAAAUGACAACUACUCAAAAACUUGGCUUGGCAGGGAACUUUUAAGGAUACAUCAACUUCAAAUGUAAAAUCUUAUUCUCAUCGAAUAGAUAUUGACCAGUUGUUAAACUGUGACAUUCUGUAUAUGUAUAUAAUAAUAAAUGUAAUUAAUAUUAUUUGAUAUA